AUGUUGAAAAAAAAAUCCAUUGAUAGCCGUGUUGAUAACAUUUCGCAAAUUAUUGUAAAGGCAUCAAAAAGCAAUAAGCAAAUCUCACAUUACUCAAAAAUGGAUAAUGAUUUCAGAGAUGUUACUGAAACACCUUUUUCAGUCGGCCUAGAAUUACAUGUGCAUAAAGAAAAUCGUAAUAAGAAGCUGGUAAACUGCUUGGCAUAUCUUGGACUUUCUAUUUCCAAUGAUAGUGUUAUAAAGAUAAAAAAUGGUUUAGGAAACGCUUUUAUUGAAAACAUAUUAACAAAUCAAUGCACAUUUGUUCCUCCUAAUAUUCAAAUAGGAAUGCCAUUGCACUUUGCUAUUGAUAACAUUGACUUUAAGAAUGACACUGCUGACGGAAAAUCUGAAUUUCAUGGAACCAAAUGUGUUGCAUUUCAAAAUAAUUCAAAUGCUAAAGGAAAGAUGCUCAAAAUACAGCAUACAAGGUAUCUUACAUUUGCACAUGCAUCUAUCUUUAUAAUGCAUAGUUGUCCUAUACCAAAUUUACCCAAUGAAACCUUUCAAGGUUUUGAGUCUCCACGUUCGUGGGUCAAUCUUUCUUCAUUUUGUACCAUUAAUCAAGUUUAUGCUUUUUUUAAAUGUGAUUGACAAGGUGCUUUUAACUCCUUUCUUUCAGAUGCUCCUACAUCUACGGUAACACAGGGUCUACCGAUACAUGCAGUUACACCGACUGAUUGGAAUAACCUUUAUACUGCAUUAAAGUUUGUUCAGGUAAUUAACGUUGCUAUCACAGGGAGUAAAAAAACAAUUGUGACACUUGAUCUUCAACUCUAUAUGGUUGGGAACUAAACAAUAGAUCUUUUGACCCCAUAAUCUUUGCAAAAAAUCUAAUUCGAUUACCUGCCAGCACGAAUAGUACUUAUUGAGUACUGUCGUUGUAAAGUAGACUGUAGUAAUAAAAGGUGCACAUUUUUGAAAAAUAAACUUGUCUGUACUGAUAUGUGCAAGUGUAAAGGAUGUAAAAAUAAAAAUGUAGACAACCAAAAGGAAAACUAUGACUAUGAAUGUAGAGAUUUAUAAGACGCAAUUUAAUUUAUUCGUAUCAUUAAAUACCAGCUUGUAAGCAAGUUAAUUUUAACAUAUAUUUCUAAAAUUUAGAAGGUUUUUGAGUUUAAGAAAGAAA